CUUCCGAUUGUGUGGCUGGUUUGGCGCGCAAUCUGUAUGGCAAUGUGAGCCACGCUCAUGCAGAUGUUGUUUCGACAUUGAGUGCUGAAUUAAUUUGCAAUACGUUCCGAGAGUACACAUUGUGGUGCACAUAUCAAAGCAGGUAUGCCUCCUGUGGUAAAGCCCACCAGGUUUGCGCACGCCGAGGGGCACACCGAUGUUUGCUACGACCCAACCGGCAGGUAUUUGGUGACAUGUGGUUCAGAUGGCGAAGUGAGGACGUGGGAGGGCUUCCAAGACGACGAACCCAAGUCUUACUCCGUCGGAGAGUCGGCGCUAGCUGUCGCCUGUGGUGGCGACACGUUUUUCGUCGCCAUCGACAGCUACUGCGUGAAAGCGUUCGAGGUUUCUACCGGGCAGGAGACCAGCGUAGCCGCUAGCUUUCCGUCUGACGUCUACGCAGUUGCCUGCAGUAAGGACGGAAAGACGCUCGUCGCCGGUUCCGGGGACUUCACGUUAAAGGUGGUGGACGUUUUAUCUGGGACCAGCCAGUUGCUGUCGGGUCACACAGCACCUGUGCUUUCCUGCUGUUUAGACCCCCGUGCGGAAUUUAUCGCUUCUUCAAGCUGUGAUGGCACUGCUAGAGUCUGGAAGCUGUCGGACCAGAGCUGUGUCAGGACGUGGCAUGCGAUCCUGCCAAAGAGCAAUGAUUUUAGGGUCUCCAAGGUGCUUGGCCGUCUGGCUUGGUCCCCAUCAGGAGACAAGUUGGCUCUGCCUGUGUGGUCAGAGGUGCGGCUGAUCCCGCGAGGUUCCUGGGACCAGGUGGAGAUGCUGGCGCACGAUUCGAUUCAGGAGGCCCUGUCGAUUGUGGCAUUCAGUGGCUGUGGCAAAUUGCUGGCAGCUGCCACCCGUGGAGGACAGCUGCUGGUGUGGGAAUUGAGCACGCGCCAGCUCAUGCACACGGUAUCCUGUGGCAAGGACGUCUGCAGCCUGAGCUGGAACCCCCGUGAGAAAGAGCUUGUUUACUGCAACGCCCAGGGCCAGUUGGGCCUUGUCGAGGGCAUCGAGGGUGGCAGCAGCAAGGAGCAGGUGCCACCUCCGGCGGCCAAGGCACUGCCAGAAGAAAGAGCAGAUGGCGAGGAUGACGGCAUAGACUUGGGCCAGAUCAAGGCAACCUACGAGCCACUCAUCUUUGGAGGCUCGGAUGCUGAAGAAGAAGAAGACGCAGCUGUGGUGCCAAGUGCAGGGCACGCUGCGCCUGUGCCGGCUGAGUACCGCCCCCGUCUGGUGCAAGAAGCCUUCCAGCCUGGCUCUACACCCAUCCACCUCCAGCACCGCUUCAUGGUGUGGAAUUCCGUAGGCAUGGUCCGGGCGCACAACACGGCCGAGGAGAGCAGCAUUGAUGUGGAGUUCCACGACACCUCGGUGCACCAUGCGCUACACCGCGGCAACCCCCAGGGCCACACUAUGGCAGCACUCAGUGACCAGGCCCUCGUGUUGGCUGGGCCCCAGCAGCUGGAGUGCUUGCAUCUAGGUUCCUGGGAUUCCAACAAGGAAUGGGCCGUUGACACCCUCUCCGAUGGGAUCCAGGCAGUGGCGGUUGGUGAUGACUGGGUUGCCGCAUGCUGUAGCUCGGGUCUGGUGCGUCUCUGGACGUUGGGUGGCCUGCAGAAGGCCGUGUGGCGUGCACCAGGACCAGUGGUUGCACUUGUUGCUUCCGGCCGCUCGCUUGCCCUGAUCUUCCACCAGGGCGCUGGUGUCACAGCAGAGUGGCAGUCACUUGCCGUGGUGCAGUACAAUGUGGGUGCUGGUGUCCUUGAGCCACCUAUCCCUGUGCCCCUGGCUGAGAGGCAGCGGCUUGCCUGGGCAGGGUACACAGACGAGGGCUCACUUGUGUAUGUCGACUCUGAUGGUGUCGUCUCCAUCCUUGGCUCCUCUUAUGGAUGGAAUCCUGUUUGCAACACCCGAGACAAUGUGAAGAGCCAGUCAGACCACUACUUCGUGCUGGGUGUGAGCGAGACGCGCCAGCAAGUUCGGGCCCUGAUGUGCAAGGGGUCCCGUUACCCGCCCACCUUGCCGCGACCUGUCAUGGUCGUGCUGGACUUCAGCCUGCCUUUCCUGGGCACGGACUCCGAGAAGGGACGGCUGGAGGAGGAGCUGUGGCGUGCGUGGUGCCUGGAGGAUGCCAUGCGACGUGCGGGCGAGGAGGGCCGUCAGCUGGCUGACGUCUGCAACCGGAGGCAGCUGCUGCUUCUCAAACUGUUUGCGCUGGCAGCCAAGGCCGAGCGAGAGGUGCGUGCGCUGGACGUGGCGCGCCUCAUGGACUCUGAGCGACUGAUCCAGGGAGCAGUGGAGUAUGCCUCCAAGAGCCGACGGCUGGUGCUGGCGCAGCGUGUCGAGCGUCUUCUGCUCGAACAAGAACUUCAGUCUGAAACUGCUCCUGCUGCUCGGCAGGACUUCCAAGCUGUUCAUUCUAUGCGCAAACGUGACCCUGACCAAGCCGACGAAGUGGUGCUGAAGCCCAAGCCACUGCAGCUCUCCAGGAAGAGGCCAGCUGACGUCACAUGCAAGGAAGUGUCGCUGCCCACUGACGAGCAUCGCACCACACUAGAACUACCCGUGACCCGCGGCAACCCAUUUAAGGUGACAAAGUCGCAGGAGAGCCCAGUGGGAGACGAUGCCUCCAAUGGUGGCAAGCCUCGAGGAGACGCGGUGGCCAGCAGUCGGCAGCUGACACUGCAGUUUGGAGCCCGCAGCGAGGCUGCCCCUGCCGCCACCAAGUCCGGCGUGCAGCUGUACAUGGAAUCAAUUAGAGCCACACUGCUUGAGGAAGAGCCGGGCCUUGCAGAGGACCAGCUUGUCAGCCGGACAGUGGCGAGGUUCAGGGCUCUGUCCCAAGAGGAGCGGGCGGAGUGGAACAGCCGGGCCAAACAGCGGUCACAGAGUCCUGUGCGUGCCGCCAAAAGACUCCGACCCGCCGUAUGAACGCACUCUCGUUAGCCCAGGGUCAGCUGGGCAGUCCGUACUCGUCCACCUUCUCCAGGAGGCUGC